AUUUUAUUGACAAUUAUGUCUGAGUAACUCUGACUCAAACCACUUUCAUUCUCUUUGCCUAUGAUUUUAUCGGCAGUAUCAAAAAAUGGCAGUGAUAGUAGUUUUAUCUGAAAAAUGGAAGUGCUAGAUUGGCGCUAGUGUAUGGCGAAGGGCAAAACUUUUGCCGGUGUUGCGAAAACAAAUAUAACGUUUUACGUUACUCGUUCAUAACGGGUCAACGGGGUCAUAUCGCGUAUAUACCCGUGAAAAGAACAAACCUAAAUUUCGAUCUAAGGAAUUUGAUUUACAUAGAAAAUCUUGAAUCGCUUGAAUAAAAAAUAAUUAAAUGUGUGCCGCGAAUUACUGAAAAAUUCUAUUGGAGAGAGCAGGAGAGAGAGAGAGAGAGAGAAAGAGUGUGUAUUUAGAAAUGUAUAAUAUAACCUAUACGAAGGAAUAAAUAAUAGUCUAAAAUCUGCAUUUUAAUAUAAUAAAAAGAAGCAAAUUAAUAGGCAUGAAAGGUUCUUUCCUCUUACAUUUGUGCCCAGUACGAUCUACUGACGAAUAUCUCCCAGAACUUAUUUUAUAUUAUAUAUUUUACCAGUGAAUGUUCGGUCGUUUACGUUUAUAGGUUAUAUUUGACAUUGAAUUUUUUUAUAUUUUUUAUAGCACAAUAAGUUGUUUGUUUUUUCUCUCUGUCAGAGAUAUUGCGUGAUUGCCACCAUAUUCUUCCUAUUACGUGAAUUCUCUUGUCGAAAAACAUUUCUUUCUAAACAAUUAUUGCGAUAUUAUUACCAUUCUAUGUGUGAAGAUGUUGCAAAGAAUAAAUAAUUUACUGCAAAUCACCGCUUAUGGACACAAAGUGAGCAGUAGAUACUUGAAUUUUGUUCCUAUUGUAGUGGAACAAAGUGGACGUGGUGAACGUUCAUAUGACAUUUAUUCGCGUCUUCUGAAGGAAAGAAUUAUCUGUCUUAUGGGUCCGGUCACAGAUGUUGUAGCUUCUGCAGUAAUUGCUCAACUUCUUUUCCUUCAAUCGGAAAGCAGUAAAAAUCCGAUUCAUUUGUAUAUAAAUUCACCUGGUGGGAGUGUGACAGCAGGACUUGGAAUAUACGACACUAUGCAAUAUGUUCUUCCCCCUAUCUCCACAUGGUGUGUAGGUCAAGCAUGUUCUAUGGCGAGUCUACUUCUAGCAGCUGGAACCAAAGGCAUGCGUCAUUCUUUACCGAACGCUAGAAUCAUGAUUCAUCAACCAUCGGGAGGAGUACAAGGACAAGCUACAGAUAUCCAGAUACAAGCUGUAGAAAUUCUUAAAUUGAAACAACAGAUCAACGAGCUAUAUGUUAAACACACCGGCCAGGAUUUAGAAAAAAUAGCAAGAAGCAUGGAGAGAGAUAACUUUAUGACCCCAACACAAGCUAAAGAGUUUGGAAUUGUAGAUAAAGUAUUGGCCCAUCCUAUGCAAGAAGAAACUGCAGAAGCAACAGUGGAGAAAACAGAAAAUAUAACGACAAAAUCUUAAUAUUAUUGGAUAGGAUGGAUACAUGGGUUCCAUCUUAUUGUUAUAUUGUAACAAAUGCAUUAAAAAGAUGUAUCAUUAUUUAAUAAUAAACUAUUUAUAAAACAAUUA